ACCUUAUACAGCCUAUUUUUUUAACCAACAAUAAUUUAUCAGAAAUAAAAAAAGUUUAAAAAUGAAAAUUUUUGAUCUCACUGAUCGACUUCAAUCCAUAUUAUACACCAUAUAAAAUUACCUGGUGUAAGACUUGUUCGUCCCAGCUUACUUAGUUAGCAUUGACAUAUUGAUCAACAAUGUCUCUGCGAGGAAUAGAGACAUUUAUCAUAUUGCUACUAACUUCGAUGCCUAUGUUUGGUGGUGCUCAAAGCACAAUCUUACCAAACAUGAAUGACUCCAGUACUUGGACGUUAUUCGACGAAUCGAGUCAACUAAAUCAAAAAUCUGGAUAUAAUUGUACAGACGAUGAAGUGCUUGUUAAUUUUGAAUGCAUUGACAAGGGUCUGAGGCAAUCAAAUUCAUCUUUACUUCAGCUGUUUCUUGUUGUGGCUGUUUCUAUGCUUUGGAUCAUAUAUAUUACAUAUUACAACUCUAGACUGAUUGGAUUUAUAUUGACGAAACUCUUGAAUCAAUUUAUCAAAGACGGUCAUUUCAAAUUAGGAUCUUUUUCCUUUUCUGUGUUGUCGGGCAAAGUGAUGUUUAGAGAUGUGCAAUAUAUAACACCUGAUUUAUCUGUACGAAUUCAUGAUGGAUAUUUCAUAUUUAGAUGGUGGAGACCAUAUAAAUUUAGUCCCUGGAGAAAAAAGCGAGAUUUGAAUCAAGGUCAUACCAGAUUGAGUGUUCACAUUUAUGGGCUUGAAUAUCAUGAAUAUAACCGAUCAGAUGUUUAUCAAAGAUUGGAAGAAUUGUUUGGUUUGGAUUCCAACGUUUUCAACACAAAAACAAAACAUGCGAAGCAAUCACCAAAGAAAUCAGAUGGGAAGAAAUCACAGUCACAAAAAAUUGCUUGGUGGAGAAAUUUAAUUCCAGUCAUUAAAAUUACUAUUUAUUAUGGAAAAGUCAUUUUUGGUAACCGUCUCUUACCUUCAACCCUUGUGGUUGCUUUUGAGGAUGCGAACUCUCAAUACAAAACGACAAAAGCAAGCAAUAAAUAUGAUCUCUUCAUGCAUGUAUUAGAGGGGACAAUGGGUUCCCUUCGUGUUAUGUUGGUGCCAAGCUCAAAAUAUGACCCUGCAGCACUUCCUGCUAACAUGCAGGUGUUAGGAAAUGAUCCCCCUCCUCGAACAAUGAGUGAAGGAUUUGAUUUGAUUCAUGCAAACAUUGUUUCAUUUAAAUACAUGUGGGAUGAACCAGGUAAAACAGGAGUACCGAUAGACAAGUCAAAAUUCUCAAAAUAUGAGGCAAAAAGUAGCGACAUGGAUUCAAGUGAUGACAAUUCUGUUUGGGAGUUGGAAGUUCGUUGUGAAAGACGUUUGACUAUGAAUUAUGGACCAUGGGCUGACCGGCAAGUCAAUCAGCUAUGGAGGUUUUUCUACCCUCUUGAUUAUAAGACUCAACAAAUAACACCUGAAAGCAAACAAGGAGAGAUCCGGAUGGCACCAAGCUUCAGUCUUUAUAUUAACUUGCUUCAUGAAUCAGAUAUAGAUUUGUUAUUUAUGAAAAAUGAUGAAGCAAGUGCGAUACACAUCAAUUUAAUGAAAGGAUCAUGUGUUGAAAUGAAUGUGCCAAUGACAGUAUCUGAAAAUGGUUUCACAACGAAUGUAUCAGGUCAACUAAUAUAUCCAGAUGCAACAACAAGUAUGUCAUUCCGACCUCUUAUUAGUGCUGAAACGUUAAGCUUCAAUAUCAGUGCUAAUUAUCCACCGGUAUGGAAUUCUCAACAAAUGUGGAUCUGUGAUAUAAAAGCUACUAAAGCAUCUGCAUCUCUUGUUUUCGAUCAUAAAAAUUUUAUUGCUGAUUUUAUGGAUGAUUGGUCUAACAGAGAAUCUCCUGAUCUGAUGAGUUUUACGCCAUAUAAAAUGAAAUUGAAUUUUGAUCUUCAAGACUUUGAAUUACUUCUUCCAGCAAAUGAACAUAAUUGGGUCGAUUGCGCCUCCAAAAGAAAAGAAAACGCAUUGGUUGGACUAACUGGAAAGUCAUUGAGGAUUAAUUUUACUCUUCCAUUUCAUUCAUUCCUUGCGUCAACGUACAGCAUACCGUUUAAUUUUCGUGUUAUGCGUGCUGAGUUAUGUUUAUUCAUCCCACUGUCUAAUCCUUCACGUAACCUCCUACUUAACUUAUACAAUGGAAUGGAUGCAUGGGACGCAGGUCAAAUUUCUUCAAAUUUUCAGAAGUCAGAUAACGGUGCAAAUGUUUCAACACAAAGCAGCUCUGAAGUGCAAUAUCCUGCUGUAGAUUAUAACAAAUAUUAUGAAAAUUCUCACAGACUACGUAAAAGUCCACAAUGGGGUGUCAUCAAUGAAGAGUGGGUAAAAUGUUGGGAUGCACCAGAGAUGGGGCUCAACAUUUCAUACACUUGGCAUCCGAUACUGCCGUCACCCAGAGACGAUUACCCCAGAAACCGAAAUUCAGACCUCAAUAAAGAAAUAGAAAGAAUUGAAAAAGUAGUGCAGCGACAAUCAACUAAAACUUCCAAAAAGAUGUCUUUCAAAAAGUCAAUAUCCAUAAAUGAAUCAGCAUCUACAGACAUGGUGGAUUCUACACCUUUAUUGUCAGAUAUGAGUGAUAAUACUGCUUCACAUAGCAAGAGUAAACCCACAGCAUCGGUUAUGUUCGACCCAACUUCGCUCGAUCCUGAUGAAAUAAGAGUCGAUUUCACUUUGAAACCAGGAUCAACACUUUACCUAUAUGGCUCAUUGCUACAUCAUUUUUUGGCAAUAAAGGAAAAUUACCUUGGUGUGGAUGACGUUUGUACAGAUUUUAGUCAAGGUCAACAGAAACGGAAAGAAUCUCAAUCAAAAGUUUUACCUGAGCAAAAUUCUGAUCCACUGUAUUAUAGAACUCUUCAAGUCACUGUGAAUGUAAAUUUGCACAAUAUUCGUGGAAUACUCCCGGUACAUAUGAAUCCUGUGUUUAAAUCAUGUCCUGUUGUUCAACUAAAAAAACUGAGUUUUGAAAUGGACAAGAAUUAUAACCAAACAAGGUUACAGCUCCUUUUGUCAAAACUUGCGAUAACUAUUGAAGAAAACCAGACAAUGAAUAGUUUUGAUGACAAAAUGGAAAUGGAUGGAAGAAAAGGAUGGUUAACAUUAAUGGAUCUUCAACUUCGGGGUCAUGCUAUGUUUAGUGGGACUGGUCUUCCACUGGGUUCUGUCACUAUUGAGUAUGGUUGGCUUACUGAAGUAUUAGUUGGGCCAGUAACUGGAAAGUUAUCCAUUCCACAGAUCCAGCUCUUAACUCAAUGGAUUCAAUCAUUUAUAUUUUUAUUUAAAAAUGAGAUUCAUGAGAUGAAACCAACAUUUCCUGAGAGACAUCUUCCUACCGGUAUCAACUGGGAUGAGAUGAAACAGGAUGGAAAACCGAUUGCAGAAGAAGACGUCAAGUUUCUGAUGGCUCAAGUCAAGCUCGAAUCUAUCAAAUUGAGAGUUGAAGAACAUGAUUCUGUACUUGAUCUCACUGUUUCACCUAUUUUAAUAUCGAAUGGAAACAUACAAUAUGCUGGUGUCAAAGAAGCAGCUUCUAUCAGAGUUCAAGAAGUUUUCGUCAAGCAUAGAGUAAAGAAAAUGUCAACUCUUACUUUGAAUGAUUCAUCUUCGGCAGAAAAAUACACUUGGGUUGAAGCGGGUGAGGUUAGGUUUGGUUCAUUACAUGCUAUGAUUCAAGUUGCAACGCCAGAAAGAGAAAUGUAUGAAAGACAAAAUAAAUUUCUUAAGUUUCAUGACAAGAAAACAAGGAGACUUCAUUUUCUUUGGCAGGAGUCUAUGAUGGAUGAAGUUGAUUCAUCUGGGAUUUCUGGUUUAUCAUCGGUACGAGCUCUACAAUCAUGGGGAUGUCGUUUCUUUACUCCUUUAACUUCAAAGCAUCCUACAUAUUAUUAUUACAAAUCAACAAAAUCUCCUCCCAGAAAACAAGCAACUGUUCAUGACGGGCCGAGAAUCAAAAACGGAAGAAUCUUUGUCAAAGAGGAAGAGGAAGGGAGCGGUUCUUCUGAAGAUGAUGAUGAAGAUUCUUGUGAUAAAGAUUCUGACGUUUUUGAUCCAAAAAUGGAUUAUGGGAUGAGUUUACUUGUCGAAGGAAAAUGUCUUCUGAGUCGCAGUCGUACGCUAUCAUCGUUAACUAAGAAAUCAAGCGAAAGCUCAUCAGAGUCUAUCGUUCAAGAAAAUUUUAAUGAAGUAACAAGUUUAUUUCCAACAGUUCCAAUUUCAGCCGCAGAAGUUAUUACUACAGCUAUUUUAGAAGAUGUUUCUGAAACGUCACCAGUUCAACAACAGAAGUUAAGACCUAGUUUACGACGUCAGGAUAAGAUAAAUUCUAGUACUGGAAAUAUGCCUACCUUAGUUGCUCUAGAAUCCAAGGAUGAUAUACUAUUGACAGGACAAGCUAAAAAAGCAAGUGCUUUUCGAAAAAAUCGUUCUGCCACCUUUGGUGCUCCUUCUGAUACCACUGCCAUUGUACAGCAGCAAGUCUCGUUUGCACCUAGUCCAGAGAAAGUCAGCGCAAUGAGAAAAAGUUCCUCACAAACGGACGUGGAUCGAGAUGUUGAAACUACACGGCAGUCGAUGAAAAGAGCAUUGUCGAGUGAUUCAAACUUGUACAGAUCAGCAGAAUCUGAUUUCAAAAGCACGACUUCACUUUCUUCUGUCGGAGACGAAUUUUAUUCUGCUGAAUCUGAUGUGAAUGAAAGUUGUAAUAACACCAUCACUAGUACUUUAUCUUCACCCCAAGCGUCUGCUGGACUACCAAUACAAAGUGAUAUCAUUCCAGAAAAUGUCAUCAAGCAAAUACAACGACCUGGUACUCUUAUACUUGAAAAUGAACUAAGUGGUACAACCUCAAAUAUUUCCACAUCUAUCUCAAACGAAAUCCCUAUUUCAUCAACAAAAACACCCAGUGUAACACAUUCAUUUUCACUGUCACCCGGUUCAGGAAAUAGCGCUGAACUUCCUGGAACUACACAAAGGUCAAAAUCGUACUCAUCUCCGGUUCAAUCUGUAAGUCAACAUGAUACAGUAUUAGCUUGUUACGGAUCUCAUUUAACAAUACUGCAAUUACAACCUCCUAGACGCAAAUCAAAAGUUUUAAAUUUGGAAGAGACUGAUAUUGACGAUGGAUGGUUUAAUGAAGAUUCCUUUUUGCUUCCCGAUUUUGCUGUUAUACGAGAUGGUCUUCAUCCAUCAGUCAUCAUCGAUAAAUCUGGAAUUGAUGACGAAGAUGGCCAUUCACACAAAUUAGAACCCACGCAAAGGGAACUAUCGUUUGAUAAUUCGGAUUCAUCAGGAAAAUCAACCGAUGUGUCUAUUCAUCUUCGGGAAUCAUUAGAUGUUCAACUGACUCCAUUUCUUCUUGAUACAAUUGGUAAAGUAAUGAAUGCAGCUACACCGAUGGUUAAAAAUGAGAACCCUUUAUCCGUCGUGUCACAGCUAGAAAUUGAUUGUGUUGAUGACAUUGGUGAACACCUACCUGAAGAUGAAGAUAAUAAUGACAAAGACCAAGAUGUGUUAGACAUGAAAGCAGAGAAAAGUAGACCUUCAUUAAAACGACAGAAGAAAACUGAGGUUAGCACAGAAGAAGAAAAUGCUGUGAGUGAGAUACACAAAGUAACACGACCACCUCCAGGUACAAAACUAACAGUGAAAAUGGAUAAAGUCAGGUUAAAUAUACUGCAAGCAACAUUGGGUGAUGACAAAAUAUUCAGUCUCCGUUCAAGCAAGUUAUUACCAACACCGUGUGUCACUGUUCUAGCUACCAGGCUGGAUAGUCUUCUCAUCUCUGUAGAUUUGAACAGUAGAAGAAAGAACAGGUUAUUGAUGGAAAGUUUAAGAAAAGUAUCAAGAUCAUCAUCUGCUGCUAGUGAUAAGAAAAUAAUAGGAAAUGAACCGCCGCCCUUCAAGAAAGUGAGCACAUCUUCUGAUCUGACCACACACAAGCAUUUUCUUAUUCUGCUGAAUGCAAAAGCAACUGCAAAGUCUGUUGCUAUACAAAUGCGUGCAAUGACAUGUGAUGGAUCUGUACCUGACAUGACAUCCAUAACUGCUUUGCCAGAUAAAUCAUGCAAGGCUCCGUUUCUUUUUGAUCCUGAUGCUGCACUGCCUGAAAUAAAGAAGUCAUUGGAGAAUUGGAAGAAAGAGAAUGAAAUAUCCCCAGAAUCAUCAACAACGAAAAGACAUAAAAGCAGUAGAUUCCAGGCUUCAGGACCCCCAAAAUUCUGGGGUUGGGUCAUGUUUGAAGCUGGAAUUGAUAGAGUUCGUAUUAACAUCAUCAAACAACAUCCUGUCAGUGGAACAAGAGGUCUAAUGUCAACGACUACUAAUGAAAGUCAAAUCUUUUCAAUGACACGAAUUGGAGGAAAUGUUGACACAUCAGUUAAUGUUGGUGAUAACAAUGGUGCUUCUGCUUUUGAUGAAUCAAUUCACGUUCAUUUUAUGGAUGAAACUUUCAAGUCUCUUGGUGAAAAAGAGAGAGAAUGGAUUGUACAAGAUACCAGUCUUCAUGCAAGCCAAGGUGAAUUAUUGAUUGGAUCAGUCUGGAUCAACGUUCCUGCUCCGUCAGCUCAAAAUGUAUCCAGUUCUAGUCGAGCAGUCAGAUCAUGGAAUCUGCUUUCUUGUGUAAGUGCAAGUAUUACAUGUUGGUUGGAUCCUGCAGAUGUUAUGUUGACAGCACUUAAUCGAUAUCAAGAAGAAAAACUUACUCGUCACUGUGCUGUUGCUGCAUGUGUUCUUACGGAGACAUUCAAUCAACUAAAUAACGGACGUGAAAAUCUUGGGAAACCAAUGGAACAGAUGCAUUUAAGAUAUGAUGUGUUGACACCAAAGGCAAAAUUUCUGCGGAAAAACGCAACUUUUCUUCUCUGUCAUGAGCUUCAAAAAUUUUUAAGUACCGAGGAGGGAAGGCAAAGUGUGUUUUCUGCUAUUGGGCCAUCACAAGCGGGUGACAAACAGCAUCCAUUGCCAGCAUUGUCUACUCUAAAAAAGGGAAUAACUGCUCUUCUUCGUCAGUUCACUAGUCAAUAUCAUGGUGUUAUAAGUUCAUCAUUACAGGAGAACUUUCCCAAUAAUGGUGCAUCCAAGAAAUUCAAUGGGCAAUUCUCACAGAUAAAAGAAUACAUUGGAGGGGCUCCUACUGACACUGUAACAUAUCACAGACCUUCUCUAGUUGUUGAGAUUGAAAUCCCAGGUGAAACAGCAAGCCAACAACCUACUGCUGUACCAAGAAAAACAUCUAAAACUACUUUUCCAAAAUCAGACACUUUCACAUCAUUGAGUGCUAUCGAAGAAGGUAUGUCCUCUGGAUCAGGUGUUAUCGAUCAUCCUUCAUAUCAAGUACAAGCAGAUAGUGGUUUUACGGGAAUUAAUAGACAAGCGUCAAAACCUAUCACUCCAACUCGUACUCAAGCGCAAAAAAUGACUUCUGCAGAAGAAUUGGUCUAUGAACAACAACAAAGCAUGUAUAGUUGGAUGUCAAAUGCUGCAAAGUCAAGUUCACCUACCAAAGGUUCGGUGGCAACAGGUGGUGGUAUGGGUGUCACAAAUAAUAAUGAUAAUAUAGAAUCACAAUUGGCAAUGCAUAAUGAAGUGUUUCAUGCUGAAGAAACUGAUAAUGAGAAGAAAUUACAAAGUUCACUUGAGACGACGGAUAACGGUGUUCAACCUAAUUCGAGCAAGCAUGAAAUGCAGAUAACAAGUUUUGAGGAAGUCUUUGAAAUAUUUCUACAAAACAUUGGAAUUGAUGUUGAUAUGCCUGCGACUCAAAAAACUGUAUCUGAUAAAAGUUUUAUUCGUGGCGAAUGUUUAGGAAGUUUGUCGGUUACAACAAAGCUCAAUCUACUGAGAGUGGAUAAGCAAGAAGCAGAUGCAGCAUACAAUCUUGAUAGUCACGUUAGAAAAAAGAGAAAAAGUUCGAAAAUUAGGAAACCAAGAUCUUAUUACUCAUCACUGGAACAUGCCAGAGAAAUGAGGGAACCGUAUGUUCUCAAUACUGCAGCAUGGCCUCACAUUUAUCCUGGCCAUUUUGUUGGAUCAAACAUCAUAAAACCUCCACCCAUAUUAAUGUGUCAAGAAAUCAUCCUCAAAUCUUCAGUCAUUGAAGGAGAUGCAGAAAUGAAAGAAGGAAGCCAAACUCCUAAAGCAACGACUGACAACCAAAUCAAAAGGGCUGCAAUGAGUGCGCUUUCCAAAAAGAGAUCGACUCUAAAAGUAGGAGCUGAAUUAUCAUUGGAUCAGAUUGUUCAACAUGUUGAUGUUGCUUUAAUAAGAUUGCUUCAUCAACUCGCACAAAUAUCUGAUAAUGUGAAACAGGCAAAAACUGAUAUUCAAGUGAAUAAGUAUACAGAAGGAUCAGUAUCUCCUGACUUCAAAGUAUUACAUCGAAGAACUGAUUCCAACUGGUCAAAUGGAACUUCAUCAUUUCAUAGGAGUAUUAUAAACAGGUUGAAUUCAAAUACUGAAAGUAUUCCAAGCAUACCAAAUGAUGAUCAACUAGAAGACACAGAUGCUUUAUCUAAUGAUUCAGCUUCAACUGCAAGUACAGAGGUUCCUCAAUGUUGGCAGGUUAUGUACAAAAUGGUUGACCUCUAUAACACAGUUCCAGAUGGUAAAACAGAAAUGUUGGAAAAGCCAACGGCAUCAGAUUCAAUGCACAUGGAAUCUGAAGGCUUUCUACCACCCAGUGAAUCAAACAGUGCAGGUUCAGUUCUUAGAAGAACAACAUUUUCUCUUCCUCCUCAUGAUCCAUAUUUAUCAUUGGUUUUGAAAGCAACAGCUGGAGUAAAGAAGGUUGAAAUGCAUGCUGCUGUCGGAGAUUUAAAACUGAAUGCUGAAAUUAUAGAAAUAUUUACCAAGAUAGAUCACUGUAAGGAAGCAAUCAAUGCUUACAAAAACAAAGCAACAUCCAGCUUCAAUACAACGUUAGAUGCAGUUCAGAUUAAACUUGUUGAUCAAGCUGCCACCAGAACAAGAAAUGAGAACAUUGCUACAGCUUCAAUCCAGCAUAGUUCAUUGAAUGCAAGUACAAAUCAUGAGAUAGAAUCAUUUGAUAAUGUAUGCAAACUUCAUCUUGGAUUGAUUAGUUUUGAUCUCUCUCAACAUCCUGCUUCUCUACAUGAUGUUGUAUCGAGAGGUUCAAGACAACUAUCUGCUCAUAUUUCUGAAUUUGCUCAGACACCAACUGUUAAACAGUCUUAUUAUUUUGAUCAUACCGAUGGUGGAACACCAUUUGUACCUCCAACACUAGCACAUUCAAAUACCACUGCACCACCCAUGACUCCCAUGACACCAAGUGCACUCACAACUUUGAUUGAUUUAUCUCAAGAUUCAUCUUCUGCUGCUACAAGUACCCCAGUCAAUGCCAUGUUUGAACUAGAAUCUGAAGGUAUCUACAUCGUGGCAUCUCUUUUGCCAUCAUUAGAUGCUGAAUAUAAAACAGGAAAGAUAUCAGGAGAUGGAAGAACUGGUAUCGAUGCAACAUUUUCAUUCUCACUUCCAUCACAUAGUUUACAAUUCACCACAUCGAGUUCUGCGUAUGAUAUGAGAUUCAGGGAAAAUGCGAAAACAGUGAUUGAUCUGCCUGAAAUAAAUAUAGACGGAGAAUAUAAACAAACAAAUGAAAAUGAUAAUAAACAAACAUCCGAAACAUGGAAAGAAAGUUUUAGUCAACAAUCAUCUGAAGCUACUAUCAGUGAUUUGCGAUUGAGAUCUGGUGAUUAUUUGUCAGUCACAGUACACAUCGGAAGUUUUGAACACAGUUUAACCACGGACUUGUUAAAUCAACUGAUAUUUUUACAAGAAGUUUUUGUUAAAGAGAUAAACGAAAUGAUGGACAAAGUAUCAAAAACAAACAAACCAGUACCUUUAUGGUCAGAAACAAGCAUCAGAUCUGAAGAAUCUUCAGCAGUUUCAAAACCUCUGCUUUAUCAACUGAAAUUAACAUUGAAGGGUAUUCAAAUCACAGCAGUGACUCCGUCAUGCAAUGCAGUUCGAUUAAAAACCGGUGAAAUGAUGUUUGAGCUUUCAAACAGGGUUAUUCAGAAUAAGAAUACGAAAAAGAAGAAAAAGAAAAAAGUGCUCGAUGUUCCAAAAUAUCUGAAACUAUUCGGUAAAGCUCAAGUUGAUUUAACUCUAUCACUCGGUACAUUGGUUCGAAACAAUGUUUAUCCUGAAGCCGAAGAUGAUUUCCAACAACUUGCUUAUUUCACAACAAGAAUUGGACUUCAGAAUACAAGACAGGCUAAAGAUGAACCAAGAGGAUGCACAAGUGCAACAGCUUUCACAAAAAACACUUCAGUAAUGGAUGAAACUAAUCCUUUAUUUAAUCAUCCAUCUUCUCAUAGCAUUGAUGACAGCUUACUCAAUCCACAAACCACUGCUCCUGCUGAAGACAGCGAUAACAGUGUUGUAUUGGUAUCAUUGAAACGUCCUUUGUUUUUCAUCCAACCAACUGCAUUUGAUAAAGCUAUUCUUAUAUACCUCUCUUACAAGAAUGCAUAUGAGGAUUGGAAAGAGCAACAACAAAAUGUAUUGAGAGCUGCAAGGCAGGUUCGAGAUGCUCUUCAAUCUGUUAGAUCAGCAACAUCAGUUCCAAAGCAACCUCCACAACCACAACGUACCAGUACUGUGUUUCUUCAACUUUCCGUAAAUGACCUCGGAAUAUGUUUACCUGUGUCACAAAAUGUACAACUGCAUGAAGUGACAGAACGAGAUGAGUUGCCAACAGCUCUUGUAUUAACGAUCGACAAUACAUUGAUCAGUGUUUAUUAUUCAAGAUCUCUUACAACUAAAGGACAAUUGAAGGGAUUCUGCUUAAGAUUUGUAGAUGACUUUCAAACAUCAUGGGAUGAUUGGAGAUAUAAUAUGAAUGGAAGUACUGGUGAUUUAUCAAAUCCUCAAAUUCAGAAUGUUCAUAUCAUGAAUGCAUUGGUAGUACCAGAAGGGACUUAUGAAAUAUUGUCAGACACCACAACAUACCAUUCACAAUCUGGUGGACCACCCGUUGCUAAGACAACCGUUAAUGUUCUUUGGAAGAUGAAAGGAAUGGAUGUUCAUCUUGAUACAAAAAUUGGAUCUUAUUUUUCUCGAUUGAUUGAUACGUUGAUGGCAAUCACUGGUCAUGAUGAACCUAAUUAUGAUGAUGAUGAAUUAGAUAUCAAAAUGUCUGAUGGAGAGAAUGAUGAUAGAAACAAUGAUGCUGCAGAUGGAGGUAAAUUACCAAGUAGAAUGAGAUCAAUCACAACAUCAUCUGUGUCAUCCACACAACAACCUCUUCCUUUGCAAGUUCAUAAAGAGAGAACGAGAAAAAUUGAACAUGAAUUAAAUGAACAGGUCAAAGUAGUAAAUGAUUUGAGGCAAUUAGGAGCAAAACAAUCAGUUGUUGAGGAAGAAGAAAGAAGGAUGCACGACCUUGAAUCAGCUUUAUCAUCCAAUUUUAGACGUGUGUUCAAGAGUAAAUUACAGAGAUCAAGUCUUAAAACUGGAAGUCGAAAUACGAAACAGGAACCUCCAAGGAAAUUCCGACCAACUCAUCAACGUGCAAAAUCAGCAGUUACUGGAGAUACUGGAACUGAGCUCCCACCUCGUACAUCUGCUUCUGCUUUCUCCACCAUUCCUUUCAAAUCGAAAGAUAGGUGGCCACCUGCUACAGUUCGUGAUGCAUACAGUGCAAGUCAUAUGCAGAGUAAUUUAUCGAGUCCACUUCAUCCAUCACCACUCACGUAUGAGUCUGAUCACGUAUUUCCACUUACACCUGAUAAAAAUUAUGGAGAACCUGAAAGUUUUUUUCCAUCUUUACCAUUAAAGAUCAGGCAGCUUGAUGUUUCUGAUGACACUGACAUAUCAUCUGAUGAAGAUGAUUUUGAUGGAAACAUGGGUGGAGUUCCUCUUCGAUCUGGACAAGCUUUAUCUGAUCUUCCUGCUGCAAGAAGAUCAUUGUAUAAUCAACAACAUAACUUGACUUCUUCAAAAUCAGAAAGUCAACUUGGAAAUAUUUCACAGUUAACAACAGCUGUUGAAGCAGAUCUUCAAUUAGAAUUGGAUAUAAGAGCUGAAGUUGACGGUGGAAAAAUAGAAUGUCAUCCUCAUGUGCAAGAAAUUGAUGUUACUAUGAAAGCAGAUUAUGGAAUAAUCCCUCCAACGUAUACAAAUUCAAAGACAAGAAAUUACGUGAAGAACACUACAAUAUUUUACAUUCCUGGUGUCGAUAUCAGGGUGCAUUACAAUUCUGCUAUAUCUGGAACCGUACCACUGUCUACAAGCGUUAAAGACAAAAUGUUUUCAUUUUCUCCAAAAGCAAUGGAGACUGUUUCAGAACAACAUGAGACUGGUCCAGUAAGCGCAGAAUACAUUACUCCACCUCCUACUGUUACUGUGUCUUCAACUUCCGCAAACAAUGAAAAAAAAAUUCCCGGGAUACCUGUUCCUAAUAUUGAAAUCACGACUCCCUCUCAUUUCGGCAAAAAAGAAGGAAAUGUGUUUGUAAUGCCAGAACCAACAACAAAAGUGUCCCCUCCAUCAACAGAAGCAAAAAGAGCUUGUGUUCAUGCCAAGCUAUGUCUGCAAUCUCUACCUGAAAUGGUCAUCAGUCCUUAUUUGCUGGAUUUCUUGGAACAAACAUUGAAUGGAGUGGCAACAAUAGAUACCCCGACUCAAUCAUUCUCACAAAAACACUCUGCUACAUCUUCACGUCAAGGUUCACUACAUGAAUCAUUUCCUUAUACUGAUGAUGAAGCCUCAGAUUUUGAUGCAAGUGAAAUAAAUGACAAACAACCUGGUGAUGGAUCAGUUUUAUCUUCCGAAUCUACUCUUGUGUCUCUUCCGCUUGAUGUUGUUGUUUCUGUCAAUGUUCAACCAUCUCAGGUUCGUUUUAACUGCGUACCUAUGUCCCGUGUUGAAUGUUUAUUGCAAAUACCAAGUAUGGAUUUAGCAUUCAGCAGUAUACAAGAUGAUUUUGAUGAUGUCUCAUUCCCUCCAUCUAGCCAAGAGGAGGCAAAUGCAAAAAAAACAAAACCGGAUAACGAACCAAAGUUAACAAGUCAAUACUCGGAAAGUUCUUCAUCAGGACAUCAGUCACCAAAGGGUCUCAGUUUCUCUGCUGUUUUGUCUGAUUUCUCUGUAUAUGUUUUUCAUCCAUACGGCGGGAAACAAUCUGGAGCUGCAGGUAGUUCAUUCCUCCUUGAUAUGACUGGAAACAGUUUCACUGCAAGUCCUGGUCCUGGUGCAACUGAUUCUCCUUUCUCUAAAGUUGGAAGUGGACGAAGGGACUCACUGAGUGUAAAUCUUGAGUUUGUCAAGAUUAACCUCAUUCGAAAAAGAAAAGGUGACACAAUAUUUGUUGGAGAUAUAUUUUCACCAGGAAGAGGAAGAGUUGAUAAUGUUAUUGUGAACGUUUCUGGAUUAUUGGACAUUGGGAAAGCAUCAUUCAAGUAUGACAUGAGACGUCUGAAUGAGAUUUUAGCUUUUCCGAGAGCUUGGUAUCGUAGAAGUAUUGCAAGACGAUUGUUUCUCGGAGACACUAGUGAACAACCACCAGCUUCACUUUCACCACAGACCCAACCAAAGUUUUCAAAGCAGGCACGUUCCAGUACAAAGCCAGUCAUUUCAAGAUCUCGUGCUCACACUGCGCCUGUAGACAACAGUAUUCUAAGUUUUUUAACUGUCGAUUCACCGUUGUCUCCUCAUCAACGAAAUCUAAAUUCAAGAACAUCUCAUUUUCAACCUGGUGUUGCUGAUGGUCACAGUACAUUUGCUGAAGGGGUAAAUGAAAGUCCUGGAGCAUCUAAUGUAGGGCCUACUACAUGGCAAGCUCUCGUGUUACUGGAAAUGAACAUGUCUCGAUUAGACGUUGAAAUGAAUAUUGGAAAUGUCAUGGGGAACACUGUAUGGUCAUGUGAUGAUCUCAAAAGCCAAGGAAAAUUAAUGUUCCACAGUAAUGGAGAUAGGGAUAUCAAUUUGACAUGUGGACUUGAAAAUUCCCAAAUCAAUGCUAGAGGUGGAAUCAUAGGAGGACAUAUUGAAUUGAAAAAAUUUAAUGCAGAUUGUCGUCUGCUUGAUCCUGCAAAUGGAGAUCCACUUCAUAAACUAGGAAUGCAGGCUGAAUCAUUAGAUGGUCGUAUAGAAUAUAUGGGAGGUUGUGUUAUGAUGGGACAAUUAACUAAUGUUGAUUUUCAAUUACGAGAUGAAUGGAGAGAUCCAGUACAAAGUAUACCUAGUAACAUGGAUAAAGGAUCUGUUUAUGUUCAUUGCGAUCUUGGUUGGAGGGUUUUUCAACUUUCAAUAUCUCGAUCAACAACACCUGAUGUUAUUAAAAUGUUGAGUAAACUUGAAGAAUUCUUCUCUCAACAACUGCACAGUUCAGUUCGUGCAAUUUCAUCGUGGACGCAGAGUCAUGCUCGACCAGUUUCACCUAAGAAAAUCAGAGAACCAAUCAUGAAGCAGUCGAGUAUACGAGAGCCAGCUCCUUAUGAUCACAGAAGACAUUGGCCACCUGUAUUUAGAGCAAUUGCCAACACUAUAGCAGAUUCUGGUCUUCUUGGUAGCAGAAAACAAUUGGAUAAUAGGUCGUUCUUGCUUGGUGGAAGUGCUUGUUUGCAUGGAGAUGCUUUAAUUGUUGUUUGCUUUCAUGGAGCAAACUUUCGAUCAAGAUCAUGGGUUUUAUUCAAUAUAUUGCAACCUAACAUUGUGUUUUCUACUGAAGUUCAAGAAAUUAAAGAAUCUGUCAGUGGAGACGAAACUUCAACUUUAGCUAUCCAAAGUCUCACUGUCAACCUAGGACAUGAUAAAUGGUUGUCGAGAACCAUUAAAGAAGCAGAUCCUAUGGCCACUGUCAGCAGAGUUACUCGAUCUAAAAAUCAGAAUCCACCACCAGGAUCUGCAUCUAUUCCUGAAUGGUUUGCAUACAUGACCGCAUCACAUAAUGAAGAACUAAAAAUGUUGAGAACUUUGAAUGACAUUGGGGCUACAAAAGCAGGAACGUCACAUACACCUGUUAGUAAAACACCUCAACAACCUCAGCCUGGUCGACAUAAUGAUUCGUUUGGUAGUUUGACUUAUAGUCAUGAAGCUGAUAUUAUUUUUGCUCUUCCUAAAGUUCAACUUGAUUUUAAAACAGAACAUAUGCAAGGACCUACUGAACCUGAUCCGCAAGAUACUGAAAGCAAACCAGUUGUUGACUGCAGUUUUGUAACAGAAUUUACUGAUCAUAUUUGUGUUACGAUGGAUGUCGAAUUAAUAUUAUUUCUGCAUGAUCUGAUUUCAUCUUAUUUGAAGGAAAAACAACAAGCCUUGAGUAACAGGACAAAAUUAUCAUCAUUAACCGUAAAUGUAUGGAAUGAAACUGCCGAUGGAUCGUUUACAACUGAACCAAGUUCAUCAAAACCUCUGCCUGUUGACCCGAUUGAUUUACGAGAUUUUGUCUGCAAUACCUGGCAAUUGGAACCGACAGUGAGAUUAAUAUCAUGGGCAGGCAGAAGAAUUGAACCUGUGGGAGUCGACUAUAUUUUACAUAAACUAGGUUUCCAACAUGCUAGAACAACAAUACCUAAGUGGAUACAACGUGGUGUAUUAGAUCUUCUUGAUAAGGGAUUAGCAAUCAUUGUUGAAAAACUUGUUGUUGCUAUUAUCAACCAGCAAAACAAAAAGGAAUAGAAUUCCCUAUAUUUAUCUAAAGUGAAUAGGAUUGUUAUG